AUGGUGCUAGAAUUGCACAUAUGGGGCCCAGCAUUUGACUUGCCCUCGAUUGACGCUCAAUGUCUGGCCGCUGUCUGCUACUUGCGAACAUGCCUCCCCUCUGACGGCUGGUCACUGAUUCCCUCGAGCGACCCGACCCGUACUCCUCUCGGCGAACUCCCUGCCCUGCGCGAUGGGGGCACCUGGGUAGCUGGGUUCAACAAUAUAGUCGCAUACUUGCGAGAUAUUUCGAAUGGAGAGUGGGACCUCGACAAAGACCUCGACGAGAACCAACGAGCCGACCGAGCCGCCCUAUCGUCCUUUCUCGACUCUCGUGGACAACCUCUUCUCGACUUGAGUCUGUAUGUGAGCAGCGAUAAUUACCUGAAUAGCACCAGGCAAGCUCUUGGCGCUAUCUUAUCGUGGCCCAGCAGCUGGACUAUACCUCACCAACUACGCGCUAAAGCGAAGAAGCGGUCAGAACACUUGGGUCUGGGUAGCCUCGACGUGGACACUGCACAAGAGGACAAAGGCGAGGACGCAGUUUUGACCGCACACAUUCCGAAGUCUCUCAGGAAACCCAAGCAAACCGUCAGCGGCUUGCUCGGGCGAAAUGUGCAGAAAAACAAAUUCCGAUUGGAUGGCAUAACCUCUGAUUUCUUCGAACCGUUGCUAGAGGCGCUGGAAGAUGAGGACUGCUUCUUUGGAGAAGAGGAUAGCAGUGCCGAUUGUUUGGCAAUCGCAUAUCUUGCUCUCAUGCAAAAUCCCGAAUUGCCACAAGGGUGGCUAAAGGACACCUUGCGAAACAAGUACCCGAAAAUGAACCACUGGAACCGGACACGUGUCGAGGAAGCGUUUGGACCAUCCGUGGAUGUUGACAUGGUGCUGGGCAGGAAGGACGGUCUUACUUCAGAGAAACUGGUCCUACCAUGGCGCAUCCCUGAGAAAAGAACUUUGCCGCAAACCCUGCAGGCGGUCCUGGAGAGCUGCAUCGAGCCUCUCCCUGUGUUAGGAUCUUGGUAUGCAAUCUCUGAUGUCGGCAGGGAGCAGUCUGGAAACAUUGACCGAUACCAUACGAAACAAGUGAGACUAGCCCGCCUCCAUCGACGACGAGAAAUUUAUUUUCAGGUUUUGGCAUCCACCUGUGCUGUCACUGGUCUUGCGGGCUGGAUGCUGUAUAAGGGGAUGCUAAAAUUCCCGCAUCGAGUGCUCGGAGCGCCUAAGUCACGCAGCUUCGGCCAAGCAGGGGCUCUCUUUGGGCUGAUGUGA